CUGGAGCCAAAGCAUUUGUGUGCGAGCAGUGUGGAGCACAGUUCUCGAAGGAAGAUGCAUAUGAUGCUCACCGGCGGACGCACAAUGGCUCUGAUAUGGCUGUGUUCUGUCUCCUCUGUGGGAAGCGUUUUCAGACUCAGACCGCACUCCAGCAGCACAUGGAAGUACAUGCAGGAGUGAGAAGCUACAUCUGCAGUGAGUGCAACAGGACUUUUCCCAGCCAUACUGCUCUUAAACGCCAUCUCCGCUCACACACAGGUGACCAUCCAUAUGAGUGUGAGUUCUGCGGAAGCUGUUUCCGGGAUGAAAGUACUCUCAAGGGCCACAAGCGUAUCCAUACAGGGGAGAAGCCUUAUGAGUGUAAUGGCUGUGGGAAGAAGUUCAGUCUCAAGCACCAACUGGAAACGCAUUACAGAGUUCAUACAGGCGAGAAACCUUUUGAGUGCAAGUUGUGCCACCAGCGCUCUCGAGAUUAUUCCGCCAUGAUAAAACAUCUCCGGACCCACAACGGAGCCUCACCUUAUCAAUGUACCAUCUGCCUCGAAUACUGUCCCAGCCUAUCUGCCAUGCAGAAGCACAUGAAGAGUCACAAACCAGAGGACAUCCCUGCUGACUGGAGAAUUGAAAAGACCUACUUGUAUUUGUGUUAUGUGUAGAAAAUAAAUUCAUAUGUUUGUGGGGAAAGUAAUAUGGGGAAGGCUGAGCAAUACAGACAUGUUAAUAACCCACUUAAAAAGCAAAGAAAUCAAACACAUCCACCAUUGUUGGCUUUCUCGUGGAAUCAUUUGGGAUUCUGAUCAUAUUGCCUAAUAGAACGCAAGCUCUUUUGGGUUUGUUUGGGAGCACCCUGCAAAGAUUAAAUGAUCUUACAAAUGGCAUUAAUCUAUUCCAGUUUAAUUU